AUGACAAAUGAUUGCUACACGGCUGUUCCUGAGACAGAUGACUGGAUUGAUCUGGACGACGGCUUCAAUUCUACCUAUCAUUUCGGCUGGGACGAUGAUGGUCUGCGUGGUCAUGUCUUUACAAACGAGGACAACUCCACCAUUAUAUUGGCGUACAAAGGGACAAGUCUGGUCGGCGGUACGCAAUUCAAGGAUAAGCGCAACGAUAACCUCCUCUUCUCAUGCUGCUGCGGUCGAGUCUCUUACCUUUGGCGACCCGUUUGCGACUGCUACGAAGAUACGUAUACGUGCAACGCUGCAUGCCUUGAGAAUGAGUUGCGUUCGCGGAAACACUACUACCGCGCAGCUCUGGACGUCUAUCACGACGUCAAGCGAGACUUUCCAAAGGGUGAUAUCUGGAUCGUUGGGCAUUCACUGGGUGGUGCAGUUGCAUCGCUUGUUGCGCAGACAUAUGGCUUACCGGCCGUGACAUUCCAAGCACCAGGGGAGAAACUCAGCGCUCGACGCCUAGGGCUGCCUAUUAUGCCAGAUGCUGGUUUUGCAAAGCAUAUUUGGGCUUUUGGACAUACGGCAGAUCCAUUAUUCAUGGGAACAUGCGGCGGUAUCACCUCUGCUUGUUGGACUGCUGGUUUUGCAAUGGAGACGCACUGUCAUUCGGGGUAUGAGUGUGUGUAUGAUACGGUGGAGGAUCUUGGGUGGCGACAGGGUGUCAGUACGCAUCGCAUCCGGAAUGUGAUUGAGGAUGUGAUUAUGCGGUAUAACUCCACCCCGACCCCUGUGCGUACAGACGAGUGUGUGGAUUGCUUCAACUGGAAUGUGUCUGGCUAG